AUGGCAAAGGACAUCCGAUAUGUGAAGACCGAUGAGCAGCUUAGCGACGGGUGCUGGGCAACGAUGGUGCUACUGCUUCUGAUGAGAAGGUUGAUGCGAAUCGCUCUUGUAGCAGCGAUAAUACGAUGGAUAUUGGCUGAAGACAAUUUCACUGAUCCUAUGGCUUUUGAGGUUUUGCACGCAGACAAAUCGCCAUUCGAUGCCAAGGAGGACAUCUUCACCACUGAUGACUUCGGAUCAUUUUCCCCACCACCAAAAUUUAGCAAUGAAGCAAGACACCCAUCAGAUGUGGAAACUCGCACAACUGAAAUACUACCUCCAGCGUUCUCUCCACAGCCACCGGGAAGAGAGCAUAUACUACAACGACAACGAGCUCUACAGAAGAAUCUUGGUCCAAAAUGCUGCCCAGCGCCCGUUAUGUGCACAAAAAAUUGUUUUGUUUACAUCAACGAACACGGUUGUCAAGACUGUCAAUGUCUUUGGCAGGCCCUUGCUUGUGAUGUCGAUGACGAUUGCCCAGAAGCAGCUCAGUUCUGCGAUCUCGGAAAAUGUAAUUGUCGUCCAGGGCUUCGGCAGGACAUGAUGCGAUCAGGCGCUUGUGAACAGGACCCCGAUUUCAAGGAUUCAUCGUCUCUCAACGAAUUCGAUGAUACGCCUUCUGCGUUCACUACUGUCAUUUCCAACAGAGACGCAGAGAAAAGCAAUGCAAGAGAGCGCAGACGUCGCGACAAAUUUCGAGCUGGCUAUGCUAAUACUGCUCUCACACCCUACUAUUGGUAG